CACAAAGUUAGUUAAGGAGACCAACAGCAGCGGCCAAGUCAAGGAGACUACACGAGAAAACACGGAUCCAGAUCAUGGACGCCAACUGCCGGACCGACCUUGCCGCCGGCGUUGACCCACCCCCCAUAGCUACCGGAGGCGAUUGGCGAACCCAGCUCCAGCCCAGAGGGCGCAGCAGGAUCGUCAAUAUUAUAAUGGAAGCUAUGAAGAAUUUUCUGCGAGUAUCUAAGCCAGAGGAGCUGAACCAACUUCGAGAAAUCGCUGCGGGAUUUGAAAACCGGGCCUAUACUGCGGCAACCAAUCUGUCUAAUUAUUUGCGGAAGAUUUCUCUGAGAAUGCUCUCUAUGGAGAUGAAGACACAACAGGCCCCUAGAAAUUCUCGAGUGGUUCCAGAUCAAACCAACUCCCGGAAGGAAUUGCCGAUCUGGACCAUUUACGGGCCCAUCGGGUGGGACCCCACCGCAGGGACGCCCCCAACCGGAGGUGUUUGGCGUGCCAAGCUUCAGCUCAAGGAUCGCAGCAGGAUCGUUGAUAUGAUGUAUGUUGGGUCUCUAAUUAAUUUGAUUUGA